UCACAGCUCAUCAGCAUAUCAACCCGGCAUGGCUGUCGGAUUCCUCGGUCUCGGCGUCAUGGGCCUCCCCAUGGCCUGUAACCUCGCCCGCCAUUACCCACUUACAGUCUGGAACCGGAGCGCGUCGAAAUAUGCACUUCUCACCGACACAGAGAACAUAACGGUAGCCGAGACGCCACUGCAGGUCAUAGAGGCCUCGGACAUCAUCUUCAUCAUGCUCUUCGACGCCGACGCAAUUGACGCCGUCCUCACCAACGAGGUCAAAAGCGCCCUGAGGGGUAAAACAGUCGUGAAUUCCACCUCCGUCACCGUGGAAUAUAGCCAAAAUCUCGGCGAAACAAUCCACGACGUCUUCGGCGGCGACUUUCUCGAGAUGCCCGUAAGCGGAAGCAAGAUCCCCGCAGAGCAAGGCCAUCUCGUCGGAUUAAUGGCCGGCGAAGUUGACGUCGCCGAGCGAGUCCGCCCAUUCCUGCACCCACUCACCAGCGCAGCGAUCUACUGCGGACCCUUGGGCUCUGGACUCAAGGCGAAGUACGCGGCGAAUACCUUCGCGACGAUACUCGCCGCCGGCGUCGCGGAGACGAUGCAGUUUGCGCAGGCGCUGGGUCUCGAGCUGGAAGCGUUUGGGCGCGUGUUGAACGCGUCUCCGAUGGCGUCGGCGUAUUCGAGGGGGAAGGUUGCGAAGAUUCAAGAUGGGGACUGGGAGGCGCAGGCUUCGGUGGGUGUUUGCUGUUAUAGUGCGCGGCUUAUUGAGGCUGCUGCGGAGGAGGCGGGGGCAGGCCUGCCAUUGAUGAGGACGUGUAAGGGGUUGUAUCAGGAGGCGAUGGAGGAUGGGCUUGGUGAGGAGGAUAUGGUUGCUGUUAUCAAGACUAUUGCGAAGCGGAAGAGUGGAUAGAGGAGUAUUUUUGUUUCUUGGGAUUUAGUCAAAAGCAAAAGAGAUGGCAUAACGCAGCUGAGAAGUGUACUAUGUACAUAUAAUGAUAGAGCUUGUAUAUCCAGGAGAGAGCGAAUGUUUUGUAUCCGUAGUUCACUAUCCAACUUUUUUGACCUACCAGCCGUACCGCUAUUGCUGAGUUACCGACAAGU